GGUUCUUUCCACCACAGUGAGUGGCGAUCGAGAAAAAAAGGGUACAAAUUAGAGUUUGCAAAAAGGAAAGCUUUUUGCCUUUCUCGGUGGUGCCCGGCUUUGUCUUGUUUACCUGCGUUUGAUAGCGAGGGCAGCAAGAGAGAAUAGACGGACGGGAGGGACGCGACAGGAUUCCUGGUACUGGGUAGUUGUUCGUUCAAAGAAGGAAGGUAAAGGCGGAUUUGGGGUUUGCUUCUCUCCCUCCCUCUCUUUCUCUCUUUUCCAUCUCUCUCUCUCUCUCUCUAUCCGGCUCCGUGAGAUCGGAGACGAGAGAGAUGGGCGACGAGACUCGGAGCAAGUUCAAGCGGAUUUGUGUCUUCUGCGGAAGCAACUCCGGCAACCGGACUGUCUUCAGCGAUGCAGCUUUCGAUCUGGGCCGCGAAAUGGUGAAUAGAAGAAUCAGUUUAAUUUACGGUGGUGGGAGUGUGGGAUUAAUGGGUAUGAUAUCGCAGGCAGUUUAUGAUGGAGGAUGCCAUGUUCUUGGGGUAAUUCCUAAAGCUCUUGUUCCCAUUGAGAUUUCUGGAGAAACUGUGGGUGAAGUAAAGGUCGUUUCUGAUAUGCAUGAGAGGAAAGCUGUAAUGGCUGGACAAGCUGAUGCAUUCAUAGCACUUCCUGGAGGAUUUGGAACGAUGGAAGAGGUCAUGGAGAUGAUAACAUGGUCACAACUUGGAAUACAUGAUAAACCAAUUGGUUUAUUAAAUGUUGAUGGAUACUAUAAUUCCUUACUUGAACUAUUCGACAAAGGUGUGUAUGAAGGUUUUAUUAAGCCGGCCUGCAGGAACAUUGUUAUUUCUGCUACAAAUGCAACUGAGUUGCUUGCAAAAAUGGAGCUGUACGCUCCUUUGCACAAACAAGUCGCUCCGAGACAGAGCUGGGAUAUUGCUGAGGUUGUGUAGAAGUUCUAGUUUCACAUGAUUUUUUGUCCUCUCAUCUGCAAUAGUUGGUCACCUAAGAACAUGCUUUUUCGAUCAAAUUAACAUUAAGGAAAGAUGAAAAGAAAACAUUUUUGUCCGCUCCAUAAGGAUCUUAUGGAAGAUACAAUAAAUUGUGGUGGUUUUAGAACAAUAGGACUUUGUAAUAAUUCAUCAGUGCACUUUGCAGCGUCUCUCUCCCUUAUUCAUCCA